CGUUGAUUCGUGUCGUCUUUUCUGGGAAAAAAUGUCUAUCGGGGCCUAAAUCUUUAGGCAUUGUGUGUGUGAACAAUGAGAAAUAGUCCGACACGUAAAUAUGAACCUUUUUCUAAAGAAACCAUUGGUAAAGAAACGGAUAAGCACUCGCUAGGCAGCCAAGACACCGCUAGUGUGCAUUCCGAAGAGGGUGGGCGACACGGGGUGAUCGAAGGCGCUGGCGACAUGUGGAUCAGCGCAGUCGAGAGCUCUAUACUGACAUGGGAGGAGGUAUCGGAGCGUUUGAGCGUCGACGUCCGCCGAGGUUUGUCAUGGCGCGAAGCCAACGACCGCAUGAACUUCGUUGGAGCCAACGAGUUUCAGGUGAAGGAACAAGAUCCGCUCUGGAAGAAGUACAUCGAGCAGUUCCAGAAUCCGCUUAUACUCCUGCUUCUCGGAUCGGCGGUGGUGAGCGUUUGCAUGCGCCAGUUCGACGACGCGAUAUCGAUCACGGUCGCCAUCAUCAUCGUGGUGACCGUCGCCUUCGUCCAGGAGUACCGCUCCGAGAAGUCGCUCGAGGAACUUAAUAAACUUGUGCCUCCGUCAUGCAAUUGCCUACGAGAGGGAAGUCUCGAGCACUUCCUCGCCCGCAACCUGGUCCCAGGCGACAUCGUCCACCUGAACGUCGGGGACAGGGUGCCUGCCGACCUGCGGCUCUUCGACUCCACGGACCUGGCCAUCGACGAGUCAUCGUUCACCGGGGAAACGGAACCCGCCGUCAAGAACAUCGUGCCGAACAAAGCGGCCGCCGGCAGGGUCAACAAGGAUAACAUAGCCUUCAUGGGAACACUGGUUAGAUGCGGCAAUGCGAAGGGCAUCGUGGUCAGCACGGGAGAACGUUCAGAGUUCGGUGACAUCUUCCGCAUGAUGCAAGCCGAAGAAGCCCCGAAGACCCCGCUCCAGAAGUCUAUGGACACCCUCGGGGGCCAGCUCUCGAUGUACUCCUUCUGCAUCAUCGGCUUCAUCAUGAUCACGGGGUGGCUCCAAGGAAAAGCUCUGCAGGAGAUGUUCACUAUCGGCGUCAGUCUCGCCGUUGCUGCCAUACCCGAAGGUCUGCCAAUAGUCGUGACUGUGACCCUGGCCCUCGGAGUCAUGAGAAUGGCGAAACGUAACGCCAUAGUGAAGAAGCUGCCCACCGUUGAGACUUUGGGAUGCGUUAAUGUCAUCUGCAGUGACAAGACGGGAACGUUGACGAAGAAUGAAAUGACAGUGACGACAAUAGCGACAUCCGGUGGCCACAUCGCCGAAGUGACCGGAACGGGAUACAACGGGCGCGGAGACAUACAACUGCGAGCAUACAAGGGCAGAGAUCUGGACGUGGCCAGGAUGGGUGUCACCAGUAUGUUAGAGGUGGCGGUACUGUGCAACAACGCGCACAUCCGCGACGAGACGCUGUACGGGCAGCCCACGGAGGGCGCGCUCGUCGCCUGCGCCAUGAAGCACGGCCUGCGCGACCUCCGGGAACAGUACACCAGGCUGCACGAGAUACCUUUCAGCUCAGAAACGAAGAUGAUGGUCGUGAAAUGCGCCCCGAAGUUCUCCGACGGCGGCAAGGAGGAGUUGUUCGUGAAGGGGGCCGUCGAGAAGGUCCUGCCGCUGUGCACGCAGUACAUCGACAGCGCCGGCAACUACGCGCCGCUCACGAACGAGAAGCAGAACGAAAUAUUAGCCGAGGUGUACAACAUCGGACGAAUGGGUUUAAGAACGAUAGCCCUGUGCCGCGGCGCGAGCCUGGAGCGGCUGGUGUACGCGGGCGCGUGCGGCGUGUGCGACCCGCCGCGCCCCGGCGUGCGCGCCGCCGUGAGCACGCUGCGCCGCGCCGCCGUCGACGUCAAGAUGGUGACCGGCGACGCGCGCCCCACGGCGCUUGCUGUCGCACAAAUGGUCGGCUUGGACGUCCUGCACUCUCAAUCUCUAUCCGGCGAACAACUCGACUCGAUGGCCGACGAAGAACUUGACCGCAUUAUCGAUACGGUGAGCGUUUUCUACAGGGUGACGCCAAAGCACAAGCUCGCUAUUGUGAAGUCUCUCCAGCGGCUCGGGAACAUUGUCGGCAUGACGGGUGACGGCGUCAACGACGGCGUGGCGCUAAAGCGGGCAGACAUCGGCAUUGCCAUGGGCAAGAACGGCACCGACGUGUGCAAGGAGGCCGCCGACAUGAUCCUGGUCGAUGAUGACUUCGCCACCAUCAUAGCCGCAAUCGAAGAAGGAAAAUCGAUAUUCUACAACAUUGGAAACUUCGUGAGGUUCCAACUGUCAACCUCGAUAGCGGCGUUGUCGCUCAUCGCUCUGGCAACACUGAUGGGCGUUCCCAACCCGCUGAACGCUAUGCAGAUUCUCUGGAUCAAUAUUAUAAUGGACGGUCCGCCGGCGCAGUCGCUGGGCGUGGAGCCCGUGGACCACGAGGUGGUGGGGCUGGGCCCGCGCGACACGCGGCGCCGCCUGCUGUCCCGCCCGCUGCUGCUCAACGUGCUGCUGUCCGCCGCCAUCAUCAUCGCCGGCACGCUGUGGGUCUUCAAUCGUGAGAUGUCGGACAACACGAUCACGCCCCGGGACACGACCAUGACGUUCACGUGCUUCGUGCUGUUCGACAUGUUCAACGCGCUGUCGUGCCGCUCGCAGACCAAGUCCGUGUUCGAGGUGGGGCUGCUCUCCAACCGCAUGUUCCUGGCCGCCGUCACACUGAGUCUGCUGGGUCAGGCCCUGGUCAUCUACUUCCCGCCGCUGCAGAGCGUGUUCCAGACGGAGGCGCUCACCGCGCACGAUAUACUGUUCCUGGUCGGUCUCACGUCGAGCGUGUUUAUAGUAAGCGAAAUUAAAAAGCUUAUCGAACGCACCUUGAAGAAGCGCGUCUACGGCAAGUACGCUGCUAAGGCCCACGACGCUAUGGACUUUGUAUGACACGAGUCUGACAAGACGCUGUAAGUGGAGCCAGCGCCAGUGACGUCACGGAGCGGGAUCCGCCGACGCGCAGUACGGACAGUGCGGGAUGGACGCGACAAGUGAACUAAUCGAUUAUGCGAUUAAUCGAUAUUCGUAAUCGUUUUCGAGUUCGAUACGUCGUCGCAGUAUUGUUUGAUAAGUGUUUUUAUUUAUUUAUAUAGGGAUAAAUUCUAGUGAGUUUUACUAUUUAUUUAUGUGAAGCAAACGUUUCGGAACUUAUCGAUAGUUUAGUCGAAAAUAAAACAUUAGUUUAUUAUUCGUUUUAUCGUUGUAAGUGAGUAGUAAUCUCGUAUUCGAUGUCACAUCGAUGAGAACUGUAACUAGCGGUGAAUUACGCUUAUUUGUGAAUAGAAUUAGAUUAAUAAUAGUUGAUAAUACUUAGAUUGAAGAAAAAAAAGAGAAUUAGCGCUUUUUCAUAUCUCUCAGCGCGCUCUUCGAGUAGCAGAUUGUUAAACUUUGUUGAUGUAUCUAUGUAUUAUAAUUUAAGGAGAUUAUUUAUAAGAUUAAUAUUGAUCGCUUGCCAUUAGUAGCGUUAACUCCAAAGUCGAAAUCUUAAAGUGAGCAAAGUUUUAAAAAAUACAGCCACUAUAGCCUAAAGCGCGCAUUCGUUACAUUGCAUAAUAUUAUGUCACAGAAGUUGAAAUAAAAAUUAUUCGAUUUAAAUUGAGAGAUCUGUCGAAGCACUGGUUAUCGAUAAUCGAUAUCGAAUAUUCGUGUUGUUAUUAUUGUCGUACAAUAGAAUAAAAUUAUCGAUAUUAUUUUAAGGCAUCGAUCAGUAUCAGAUUAUAGAUUCGUUAGUUAGUUUAUAAUAAAUUCUAAUGCUUAGUUUAAUUAUUAAAUAAUAAAAUUAAAUAUCAUUUAGUACAUAUAUUUUUAGGGUUGUAACAAAAUAGUGGAUUAGGUCCUAGUAUUUGAAUUGCUUGAAUUAAUCUGGCUUCGAAAGUCGCCGUCUUCGUUGCGGUACAUGAAAUUUCCUGCGUAAAUUUAAUAGUAUAUAAAAACAAUUAUUCUUACUUGUAAACGAUUUUAAAAAUUAUAAUAUAUAAAUAGAUAUUUAAUAAUAAAUGUAAUAAAUGUUACCUGCAUUUUAUUAAACUAAUAACUUAUAGUACUUCUAAGUAAUUGAUAUUGUACUACAGUUUUACUACACAAUAGCUAGUAUUCAUAUUUUAAAAAAGCUUAAAAUUAUUAGGUAAUUUUUAGUAGUUUAGUUUUUAUCGAAUAAAUUCGUAAUAGUAAUUUUGUAAAAUUAUCAUAAACAAGUUACAUGAAAUUUUAAUCUAUUUAAAUAAUAACGUAACACAAUACGUGUGAGUUUUAAAAGAAUAUAAAUAAUAAGAUAUUAUCUUGCAAAUUAAUAUUAUUAUAAAUGUUGUAUUGAGUAGGCUGUGAUCUGAAGCGCGUUUGACUCGUGUACAGAAUGUUAAAUCGAUUUUUUAUUUUCGGUUAAAAGUUAAUCGAUUAAGCGAAUCAAUAAUCGAUUAACGGCUGAUUGCACCAGAGUUAAUAUUUUAAACCAAUCGUAACGUUUAGUUAACUAAAUGACAUAUUACUACAUAUUUACGAAAAAAAAAAUAGUUCUAUUAUUUUCGGUUUCAUGAUAAACAUUUGUUAAAUAUGUUAAAUUUCUUAUAUUUUAUAUGUAAUGUCGGACGAAUGAAAUAUAAUCGACAAACGAUUUAUGAAUCAUUCAGAGGUUAUUUUAAUUAUUGGCGUUUUAAUGAAAAUUGUAAAUAUCUAAUGUUGUGUUAUUCGGAGUUAUGACUAACCCGAAUUGACACAUCAGUAAUAUAUAUUUGUUGUGUGAAAUUCAGUCUUAAGACAAGAAUGAAUAAGAUUGUAAAUUAAUUCUAACACAGAAAGAUUCUGUUCGUUUUGAAAUGACGUACGUUGUAAUCAAAACUUGGUCUAGUAAUGGUGCUUGGUGCGUGAAUGUUCUAUAAUAUAUAUAUAAUAUUUAAUAGUAUUAAUCUUGUAGUAAGCAUUUAAUAAAAAUAUGUUAAAAAUAUCUACUUUAAAAGUAAGUGGAAACUCAAGUCGUACGAUGAAUAGAUUUGUGCAACAUUUGAUUAAUAUGUGUAUUUUUUUUUGUGUGAACCUAAAUAUUACAAUACUAUACCAAUAAAUAAAUUAAAUAUCUUUCUCGAGUAGAAUGUAUUGAAUAGUAUUUUUUUUUAGUGUUCCAAGGAAUCGUAAAUUUACUGCCUAAACGUUCCUUUUUGCUGUCGACAUGUGUGUCUAUAAUCCGGAUACAAGUGGUUUGAACAAGCGCGGCUCCCAGACGGCUUGAAGUCGGUUAAGAGUAUGAUAAACGGUUUUUAUUGUUCUUUGGUGCAGGUAAGGCGCCGUCUACGUACAGACAGACCAGAAUAAAUUUUUAUAUAUAUAGCUUGCUAAAGUUCCAGUAUUAGUUUUUAAUGGUUGAACUGGGGAACGAUUUUGACAGCAGUAUUUUCCCGCGUUUUGUUCAAUUCAAAAUGAAACAUUAAAUUCGCAGCCAAUACGUUGCGUACAGAACUUAACCGAAGGUCAGCUAUUAGAAGAAGAAUUCUAAUAGCUGCUGAUAUGUGUAUAUAUGAAAGAUCGAACAUUAAAAUUACUGAAAGCGAAUAUAACUGCGAAGGAUUUUAAAAUUUGUCGUCAUCAUAAUAUUUAUUCAAUUUACAAUCAAUUAAAUUAUUAUGUAUUAAAUAUUUGUUUAUAGCGUUUGAAAAUUAUAACAUUAAAAUGUAUUCGUCUAGUUUAGUAAUAAAACAGUAUCACAUUUUCUAGCGUAGUUUUUCGAAAUAAGUGUGCUUUUCUUGUGGCGUACGACGCCAUUUUUAAUUCACGUCAAGAUGGCCGCCGACCGACGCGCGCGGUGUACGUAAAUAUUAUUAUUUAAAAUUAAUGUUUGUGAUGUUGUCAUUUUAAAUGAAAUAGCUUCUUUGUGUUAGUGAGUAGUUUAAAACUGUUAUUAAAAUAAAUCUCAUUUUUUCGUA